CUAAAAUGUCAAAUAUCAAAAUAUGAUAAAGUUAUUUAGUAAAAAAUAAUAAUAUUUAGAUUGGAUAAAAUUAGUUUUAUAGUGAAAUUGAAAACCCCUUUUAGCCUUAUUAUAACUAUAUCCGCUUUCUAAAAGAAAUAAGGUCAGCUUAUAAAGAAAAUGUGAAAAUAUUAUGUCUACUGGGAAUACUUUAUGGAAACUAAGGACUUUUUCACAAGUGUAUGAUGACAGUGCCAUAGGACCAUGGGUAUGAUUAAGAAAUUCUGCAUCCAAAGCUAAAGUAGAUUGAGCAACAAUUUUAUUAAUAUUACUCCCAAAGAAGAUAAAAUGGGUGACUUGCACUUAAAUGUCAAUUUGGUGUUAGAUUGUAAACCCAUCUCAGUUCCUUAUACUGCAAAUAAGACAACAGCAGAAGAUAUUUGUAUUUAUAUUUGUAAACAUCUUAAUAUUGGAAACUUGACCCGUCAUAUUUUUGGUCUUCGUUUGACUGGAAAAAAUGUUUUUUUUAUGUCAGCAGCUACCUUCCCUGAAAAACAUCCACCUAUUGACUUUAGAAUAAGAUUUAAAGUUGCAAAUGUAUUCAAGCUGAAGAAAUUAGAUGUCAAUACCUAUAACUACUAUUUCCACCAAGCAAGAAAUGAUGUUCUGGAAAAUAAGAUACCAGAUAUUAUUUAUGAAAAGUGUAGAAGGGAGUUAGUUGGAUUGGGGAUUACUGAUAUGUUUAGAGUAAUGUUAGAAAAAGACAUACCACGAGAAACUGUGGAGAGUGAAUAUAAGAAAUAUAUUCCUAAAGAGGUUAUAAAGAGACAUGCAUUUUUCAUCAAGAAGCCAAUACAUGACACACUUGGUAAAUUACAGAAAUCUGAUCAUGAUGCUUCAUACGUGAAAUCUGAGUAUUUAAAACAGUUGGAAACAUUGGCACCUGAAUACUUAUCUGAAUCUUAUAAAGCUAUAGUGGACCAAGAUGGGUCUAUUUGUAAUAUAAUUAUAAAAGUUUCUCCUUACCAUCCUACAGAACCAGGUGUAAAAUAUUGCUUGGAAUCAAAGAAGGAUCAGUGGAAUUUAAUAUGUACAAUAGAAGAUAUUGGUUUUGUGUCUAUAAGGGAUGAUGGUACAACAGAAAUUAGUCGUAGAAAUGGAAUACCAUUUUAUUUAAAAUUUAACACGUUAAGUAUACUAUAUUCAUUUAUAAGCCUAUUAGAUGGUUAUUAUAGGUUAACUUGUAAGUGGACUUUCAAUAUUUGUAAAGAAGUAUAUACGCCUUCUCUACAAAAGUUGCAUUUCAUGAAAUGUCAUGGCCCAGUGGGAGGAGAAUUUUCUUAUGCUAAAUUAGAAGAAAAAAGGGGAAAUAAAGCAGGGUGUUUCAUUGUUAGAGAGAGUGAAUCAAAAUAUAAUGACUAUUAUAUAGAUGUUUGUAUAAAAGAUAACUUAAAGCCAAAAACAUUCAAAUUAGAAAAGAUAAGUGGGGGUGAAUUGAUUUUUACUAAUGACUUAGCUAAUGAUUUAACAAAAUAUAAGAGUAUUCAACAAUUAAUGUCAUCUUAUCAAGAUCCUAAUGCUUCAAUAUUCUUACAGGAAUGUUUACCUCCUUCUGAAUAUGACAUUUCACCACUUCUUCUUUGUAGAAGUGAAACUUUGGUAGGGGAUUUACUGACUGACAGCUCUGCGUUAAAUUCAAUAAAUAUGCCUUCAUUACCUGUGUGCAUAAAUUGCAAAAGUUUACAGGUGUUUAAAGGUCAAGAAAAAGAAGGCUUAAGUGGUAUAACAUUAGUUCAUCGAAGUAUGUGGAAAAUAACUAAAGGUAAAAAAAUUGAAGUCGCUAUGAAACUUUUAAAGAAUGAUUCAGAUCGAUAUGUUAAACAGUUUUUGUCUCUUGCGGGUCAGUGGGCGUUUUUACAAUCUAGUUCAAUAGUUAGAUUGUAUGGCAUUGCUUUUACUAGUGAUAUUGCACUUGUUUUAGAAUAUUUUCGACUAGGUCCUCUUGAUCAAUAUUUAAGAACACAUAGAGAGACUGUAAAGCAAGUAGAUUUAAUUGAAGCUGCAGGCAGUAUUGCAUCAGCUUUGUGGCAUUUAACAGAAAACAAUAUAGUUCAUGGCAGAAUUCGUUGUCGUAAAAUAAUGGUAAGUGUACAUGAUGAGAAUUCUUUUAUUGUCAAAUUAACAGAUCCAGGAAUUCACACAGAGUAUACACCUUCUGAAGUUCAUUGGAUUCCAAUAGAAUGCUAUACUAAUCUCAACUAUGCCAAAAGAUCUGUAGAAGCUGAUGUCUGGGCAUUUGCUACAACUCUUUGGGAAAUGUUUAUGUAUGGUGAAGAAAUUAAACCGUUUAAAUCUAACGACCACCUUCAAGUGAUGAGAUGGUAUGCCAGUGGUAAAAGAUUACCACAACCUCUUGUUUGUUCCAGUGAAAUAUACAGUCUUAUGAAAGAAUGUUGGGAUAAUGAUCCACACAAAAGAAAAAAGCCACAAGCAAUUAUGCGAGAUAUAAAUCAAAUUUUAUAUCAAGUAUACAAUUCCAGAAGAGUGCAUUCAUAUGCAAAAGUGUUUAGUAAAGCUGACAGUCAUAGUUUGAGUGCAUAUUCUGUAAAUAGUUCCAAUAUUACUGAAAGUACAAUACUUUAUAAUGAUUUAAUAAAUGGUAGUAAUAUAUCGAGUGAUAUGUCAGACUAUAACAGUUUAUCAGACAGUACAUCUCAGUUAAAACUGAUCAAUGAUGAUAUCAGUUUUGAUAAUUUUGAUGACUCUGGUCCAUAUGAAUUUUCAGCCAUAUUUUCUAGUCUAAAUCUUUCUACAGCCACUACAUCUUUAGAUAGUCUUAACACAAUGCAAACUGUUUUUGAAUUGGAUGAUAACUACAAUGUAGUUCUCCAGGGCAGAAUAGGCCAAGGAUUUUAUGGAGAUGUAUUUCAAGGAAUGUUAGAAUUUGUAGAUAGUCAAGAUGGAGAGCCUAGAAAAGUAGCAGUUAAAAAAUUAAAAGCCUCUUCUGUCUCUUCGUGUUUACAAGAUUUUGAGCGAGAAAUUAAUAUAAUGAAAUCUCUAAAGCACCCAAAUAUAGUUGAGAUACUUGGAGUACUACGAGAACCAGAAAUCUCACUCGUAAUGGAAUUUGUUCACCAUGGAUCACUUCAAAGCUACUUAAAGAUCCACAAAGAAUCUCUCUCGGAGGUUCAGCUCCUGAAGUACGCAUUGGAUAUUGCUAAGGGAAUGGAGUAUCUAGGAACAAAGAAUAUUGUUCAUAGAGAUUUAGCUGCUAGAAAUAUUCUUGUAGUUGAUGAGAAUCAUGUUAAAAUUUCUGAUUUUGGACUGGCCCAAGUAAUAGGUACUAACGAUUACUAUAUCGUAAAGACACCUAAUAGGGAGUUACCUAUUAAAUGGUAUGCACCAGAAAGUCUUCGAGAUGGUAAAUUUUCAGUGAGAUCAGAUAUUUGGUCUUACGGUGUAACUAUGUGCGAAUUAUUUAAUUAUGGCGAAGAGCCUAUGUUAGCCCAAAUGGACGAAAAAAUGCAGGCUCCGCUACAGCAAAUUUUACUAGCAGCCUUAGAAAAAGGAUCGCGGUUCCCACCUCCACCAAAAUGUCCUGCUACUGUUUAUGUUAGGAUAAUACAUCCGUGUUGGAUGGCAGAUCCACAUGAGAGGCCAAUGUUUUCUACUUUAAUUAUGGAAAUUACAGAUCUUAUGUCCCAAUUUUGAUUGUAUUUGGGAAUUAACUUUUUAACUUGACUGAGCUUUAAAUAAAAAUAGUAUAUUUAUAUAUGCCCUAGUUAUUCUAUUUAUAUAUUAGUAAUGGUUGAGAGAUGGUUUUUCUCAUAGCUUUUUAUUAUACACUAAUCACAAAAAGUAUCGCAUAAUUUUUGAAACAGAAACAGUUUAAAAAUAAUUUUUGAUAUGUCUCCCAGAUUGUUGGUUUAAUUGGAGAUUGAGGAUCGCAGCAAUAUCUUGCUGAUGUUAUGGGAAUCCACCACAGCCUCCUACAUUUACAAGCCAUGAAGUAAAAAACGCAACGUUGCAACACGUGAUUUAGGUAGUCCUACGAAGGAGAAUUGGUGGUCCAUUUCAUAACGGAAUAUUUUAAAUAAAAUGCAUGAAUCUCUUUUUAAAAUUGCACAAAUGAGAGAAAUUUUAAUUAAAUUGAAAUUUAAAAAGAAAAGUAUGAUAUAAAUAAGUUAAACUUGUUAGUAGUAAUAUUUAUUUUUCAUACAAAUGUUAUACCUAAAUGUAUAGGAAUAGUCAAUAUUUUUAAUUUUUAAAAUCUAGUGUUUUAAUAAUUAAUAAUGUGUAGUACCUAGCAGAUUAAGAGAAAAUUCGGGUACCUAUGUACUCAGUAUAAAAGCCAUAAAAACGCACACAGGGAGUCGUAAUUCAAACAUUAUGGAUGACAAUAUUCUUUAAAGUAAAAAAUAAAAACUUUUCAUUAGAUACUUUUCUAGCUCAGUGCACAACUUAUAUGUGUUAUUAAUUUUAUUAUUAUUACAGUAACAAACGGAGGGCUUACAUUCUAACUUAAAUUAACACUGUAAUCACUAUUGUCACCGAAAAUUGUACAAUUUUAUGGACAAAGCUAACAAAAAGUGAAAUAAUAUAAAAAUAUAAACCAACAGAAAAAAAAAACAAUCUUAAAUUAGUAAAAUUAAAAAGGGUAGCCAUGAUCAAGUUUUUCAGGAAAAAUGUUUAGUUGCUCGUGAAUCCAACAAACAGUUUCUAAAAUAUAAUAUAGAGGAAAGCCUCAAAAUUCCGCGAUUUUUUAAGUAGGUCUUGCAAUGAGUUGUUUUUUGAUAUCAAAUAGAUAACGAAUUGCUCAUUUUGGGAAUUUAAAAGUACAUAAUAUCAAAUUGUUCAGCUGUACUAGAACCCCAAAAAUGAUGCCCAUAUCGAAGAUGAUACUUAAACAAUGAUAAAUACCUAUGUCAUUUUUGCAAAUGGUAAUUUUCGUUCCUUUGAAAAAGAUCUUAUUGCAAAGCAAGUUUCUUACUUAAGGAAGGCUAGUUACUGAGGUUAGUUUCUUUCUAGGGAAUCAGUAUGCAAGGACCAUUUACGAUUACUGUCGAUAAUAAUACCUAGUAAAUUUUACAAAGUUAACGAUACUGAUUUGAAACAUUAUAUUGAGAGGUUACAAUCAGGCUUAAACGCCACUUAAGUUGGGCUUGACUAAAAAUGACUAUUAUUUUGUUAAUGUUGAUAAUUUACUUUUUUUGGAUACAGUUUCAACAGUUCCUUUUAUUUUUUUUAUUUUUACGUUUAUCUGCUUUUUUGCAUGUUCACUAUUAUUUUAAUUUUUAGUAAAAUUAUUUAAAAUUAUAUUGCUUAAGAUUUUUGAUGCAAGAAGAUAAAUACAUUUUGCGCUUUGUUCACAAAUACAUUUUUUUGUAAAGUUUACAUAAUACUGAUCACUUUCAAGACUUGCCAUAGCUAGUAAUGCCAACAAUGUUUUAUCAUCCAUCUGUUUAAUAAAGUUUAUAUUGAUUUCUUUAUUAUCAAUUAUGUUUUCAAAAAGUGCACAUAUUUGAAAGUAUAAAAAUUUGAUCUCAUCCGUAGCUACACAUAAGCCCCCCUCCCUUUGUAAAUAAUCAAAGUAUGUAAUUGUCUCUAACAGUAGUACCCACACUCUGUACAACGAAGUUUUUUACAUGCAGCACAUAUUAUAUGCUUAUUUUUAUAAAUGUUAUGCGCUACAUAACCACAUAUAUAUGUUUGGGUUGACUCAUCCAAUUUAUAAUUUUGUAAAUAAUUUGAAUAAAAAAUAUGAAGGAAUUGUGAUAUGUCAACAUUGGUAUCAUUUAAUAUGUCCUCAUUAGAUGAAUUUUUGUUACAAGAUUUUUAAGUCUGCCAUAUUCUUAUUUAAAAUGUUGUGAAUUCUAAUUUUUUUUCAGAUUCUAGAAUUUGGUUAUAUGAUGCAGUAUAAUUACAUCCCGCUAAGUAUCUAUAUUGACCAAACCUUUUUUCAAUGACGUCUGUUUAAAAUUUCCCUAAUAAUAUAUACUUAAUAUUAAGUAAUAUAAACACUUAAUAUUAAAAACAAAAAUAUAAUUUACAAAUAGCUGCCACACAUGGCACACAUUUACAAUGCACUGCAAUCAGCUUUCCACAUUCGAAUAGGACUACCAUUUGACGUUGCCAAAUUUCUACUUCAUGGCUUGUAAAUGUAGGAGGCUGUGGAAUCCACCAAUCCAGCGUUUCAAGAGCUUUAAGAAGGUGUAGAGGAAUUGGAGGAUACACAAGAAGACCAGUUCCAUGUGCACGAACCCCGCAUAUGAACGUUAUUUACAUCCUGCCGACUUUGCAUACACAUCAUGUUAUAGCUAGACAACUGUGAAAUGAUCUUUCCGCAGCCCGUGGCCCGUAAUGUUCGGUUCGCAAAGUGCCACUUCGGUUAGAAACAGAUUAAGGGAACUUUGAAUCAGAACCAGAAUGCCUGCUACUGCUCCACAGUUAACGAGGGCACAUCGUAUGGCACGUUUAAGUUUUGCACCAGGACAUGUGGAUUGGGAUAUUAACGACUGGACUAAUAUUCUUUUUAUUGAUGAAUCAAGAUUUGCUCUUUGUGAAUCUGACAGUGCAAAGUGUCUGUCGGAUCCAUAAAGUGCAAAUCUUGUCUCAUUAGUAAAAAGAAUAUUAGUCCAGUCGUUAAUAUCCCAAUCGACAUAUUCUAGUGCAAAACUCAAACGUGAUAUACGGCGUGCUCUCGUUAACUGUGGAGCAGAGUAGCAGGCAUUCUGGAUCUGAUUCCAAAUUCCCCUAAUCUGUUUCUAACCGAAUUGGCACUUUGCGAACCGAACAUUACGGGCCACGGGCUGUGGAAAGAUCAUUUCGCAGUUGUCUAGCUGUAACAUGACGUGUACGCAAAGUCUGCAGAUGUAAAUAACGUUCAUUUGCGGGAUUCGUGCAGCUGAAAAGUCCUGGAACUGGUCUUCUUGUGUAUCCUCGACCUUCUCUAUACAUACCUUCUUAAAGCACUUGAAAUGCUGGAUUGGUGGAUUCCCAUAACAUCAGCAAGAUAUUGCUGCAAUCGUUCAUAUCCAAUUAAAGCUACAAUUUGGGCUGCUUGUUCUGACGUUACUUAUAUUACUCAUUUUAUGUAAGAACGCACCUUCUCAUUGAAAACUCAAGCAAACAUAGUGCACAGGUCAAAUUCUCGAACACAAAUGUCUAAAAUAAAUAUUCUGUGUUAACAACGUUUUGCUUACUGUUUUUUUUUUCUGUAAAAACACGCUUCAACUUAAAUGUUAUGGGUUUGUAGACACCUAGAUACUACAUAAAGACAAUACUAAACGCUCAACUUACAAUCAACCAACAGAAUAUCAAAAGAGUUGAGCAAUAUACAUAUCUGGGUACGAAUUUAAAUAGUCAAUGGGACCACUCAAUAGAAAUUAAACAGCGAAUAAUAAGGGCGAAAGUAGCAUACGUUAUAAUGAGACCCAUUUUCAACAGUCGAGACAUAGCAUUAAAAACAAAAUACCGUCUGUUGAAAUGCUACAUAUUCUCAGUUCUGCUCUACGGAAUGGAAGCAUGGACACUAACUGUUGCAUCUAUGAAUCGGCUCGAGGCUUUCGAAAUGUGGUGUUAUAGGCGCGUCUUACGUAUAUCCUGGGUUGACCGAAUUACCAAUGUGGAAGUCCUGCGUAGAAUGGGGAAAGAGUGUGAAAUUCUUAUAACCAUAAAAACAAAAAAAUUAGAAUAUCUAGGACAUGUAAUGAGAAAUCAAGAACGGUACGGCCUUCUCCAACUGAUUCUCCAAGGGAAGGUAAAUGGUAAAAGAGGACCGGGAAGAAGACGCAUUUCCUGGCUUCAAAAUUUACGUAAGUGGUAUAACACGACUACCACUGAACUGUUCCACGCUGCGGUAAACAAAGUCAAGAUAGCCAUGAUGAUCGCCAACAUCCGGAACGGAUAGGCACUUUAAGAAGAAGAAGACGACAGACGAGUAUUAUAACAUUCUGCUAAAAAUUAAGAAAUCUUUUUAAACUAUUUUCUGUUUCAAAAAUUAUGCGAUUUUUUGUGAUUAAUAUAUUUUUUAAUAUAAUAAAAAGUGUUUUGCCUUAUUCUAAUUUUUGGAUUCAACCGUUGCUAGUAUAUUGUGUUGAAUUAUUAGUGAUAUAUAGUCCAGGGCGGAUCUGUUUUGAGAUGGACGUUGAGAGGUGACUCUAUUUUUUUGCAGAAAUUGCUUGGAAUUAACCCAUAUAAUAAUAAUUGACUUAUCCUCCCACUCAAAAAGUCCGGAACAUUGUUUAAAUAAUCAAAAUGUCAAAAAAUGAAGGAAAAAUUCGAUUUUUUCUUCGUUUUUUGAUUAUAACUUUAAAAGUAUUCACUUCCGAGAAAAGUUGCACAAAAAUAAAAGUUGCGAAAUUAAAUUUCCUACAAUAUAAAAUUAAAAUUUUUUAAAAUCGUUACCCUUGUUGCAAAAUAGCAAUAAUUGCGAAAAAACAUAAAAAACAAGUAUUCGCAUUUUACGUUUUUCAACCAUUUCUGCUGCACUUAGGAUCUUCAUAUUUCACGCAGAAAAACUUUAUGAUACAAUAAAACAAUACUGUAAAUUUCAUUAAGAUCGGUUCAAUAGAUUUUGCAAAAUAAAUUUUGCAAUCCAGCUUUCGCAAAAAAAUUCAUUUUUUCAAAAUGUUGCAGGACUGAAAAUAAAGCAGAUAGCAAGUUAUUUUUUUUUACAAAUAGAAGAAUACUGUACCUUUCAUUUCCAAUUUGCAAAAUUAAAAUCGGUUAACUACCACGGCGUCAGGAAUUUUUUUUAAAUAAAACAUUAAUUUUUGGUGUUACGCGCAGGACAGCAGUGUUCGAUUCACACAAAUUGAUUUCCACCAAAAUUUCUUCCAAUCUUUAUCUAAUAUAUUAUUUUCUUACUCUAUAUUUUGUUGUAUGUUUAAAAAUGUUUAAAAAUAAUACACUUUUAUUUUCUAAGUUAAAAUAUAUGAACAAAAAAAGUUUUUGCUAAAAAAGUGUUAUUUCAACGGACAGAGUAUGUGUUUUUAUUUUGCAAUAAACAAAUUUAUUUAUUUAUUUCGAAAUGUACUAAAAAUUUAAAUUUAUCAAUCAUGAUCAAAGGUCAUUGGAAUGCCCAAUCAGAGCGAACGGAUACGCUGUCCUGCGCGUAGCACCAAAAAUUAAUGUUUAUUAAAAAAAAAUUCCUGAGGCCGUGGUAGUUAACCGAUUUUAAUUUUGCAAAUUGCAAAUGAAAGGUACACUAUUCUUUUAUACGUAAAAAAUUGCUGUCUGCUUUAUUUUCAGUGCUGCAACAUUUUGAAAAAAUGAAUUUUUUUUGCUAAAGCUGCAAAAUUUAUUUUGUAUAUUGUAGGAAAUUUAAUUACGCAACUUUUAUGUUGCAACUCAAAUAUUAUUAGGUAUAUGAGUUAUUUUCAAGCAAUUUCUGCAAAAAAUAUGAGUCACCUCUCAACAUCCAAAUGUACUAAUAUUUUUACAGAUGCGCUCUGGUCUAAUAUACAAAUGACGAAUUGUUAGGUUUUGAAUCAGACUGACAAAUGUAAUUUUAUGUUUAAUAUAAGAAUUAUAUAAAAAAUUAUAUUUAUAAUGUGUUAAAAAUUGUACUUGUUCUGGAAUAAAUAUAUUUGUCAAUAACA